GAAGGCGAAUGAGCCCAGGCGAUAGAGACAUAGCCGAAGCCAAGUGCGCCGAACUGCUGGCUGCCGGCCUCAUACGGGAAUUGACAUCAGACUAUGCAGCGGCUACGGUGGUGGCAGCGAGGAAGGACUUGACGGGGGAGACACUAGCACGGAGGAUGUGUGGCGAUUACAGAGGGCUGAAUCGCGUAACGAAGAGCGACAGAUACCCCAUGCCCAUGGCUGAAGAGAUAUUCGACAAGCUGGCUGAAGGGAAGGUGUACUCGACGCUGGACCUAAGGCAGGGAUUCAAUCAGAUCCCGAUCAAGGAGGAGGAAAAGCAGAAGACCGCCUUCCAUGGCCCUGACCGUCUGUACGAGUGGAACUACAUGCCAUUCGGGCUCAAGAACGCGUCGGCAAAGUUUCAGCGAGUGAUGAACCUAGUACUUCGAGGGAUUCCGCAGGCAAUCUACUAUAUAGACGAUGUGGUGGUCUUCAGCAAGGAUGGGAAGCAGCAUGUGGCCGACGUGGCGGCCACCCUGGCUGCCAUUCAGGCAGCAGGCCUUACUUGUCAUCCAAGAAGUGCCAUUUCGGGUGGGAUGGGGGCUGUCCUGUGCCAGGAGGAGGGAGGGCUGGAGAGAGUAGUGGCGUACGCCAGCCGGUCCUGCAGUCCAGCGGAAGGAAACUACAGCUCCUACGAGGGAGAGGGGCUGGCAGCGGUGUGGGCUGUGGAGCUCUUCAGGCCGUACCUGCAAGGAAGGAGAUUCACGCUGGUCACCGAUCACCAACCUUUGCUGUGGCUAAUGACGAACCAGACGCUGAAGGGGCGGAAUGCGAGAUGGGCUAUGAGGCUGCAGGAGUUUGAGUUUGACGUCAAGCAUAGGCCGGGGAAAACCCUCCAGCAAGUGGAUGGGCUAUCCAGGCAAGGCCCAGGGGAACCGCCGUGAGGAGAAGAAAUCUCGGGCAAUGAC